AUGCGUGAAGCCAAACAACAUGGAGAGGCCCUCAUUGCAAUCAAUGUGACAGUCGAUAGCGCAAAUAAACGAAGGAAACAGCUACUAGGACUUAAGCCUUAUAUCCUGGUUUAUGCCAAUGAUUCCGCUAUAUCUGAGCCUGACAGUGUGGUUUCCAACUUGCAUGGACAACGUGCUAGUAUAGUUCAUAAAAAACAAAGGAAGGAAGGACAUAUUGAUCACAGGAGUAGACGGUCAACUGAUAUUUUGUUGCCAUUACAAAACAAUGAGCUACCAGGAGCUGAGUAUCAGUACAAUGAAGAUGAAGAGAGAUGGGUGGAGAAGAAACCUUACAAAACUCUUCAAGUACGGCCAGCUGAGAAGGAGAAAUCUAAGAAAAAGCUAAGGAAGAGUGGACGGCAGAAAGGCCAGACAUUGCAGUUUGAUGAACACACCCUGAAAAAAGCUCGAAGAAAGCAGUGGAAUGAGCCACGGAACUGUGCUCGGCGUUAUCUUAAAGUAGACUUUGCAGACAUCGGCUGGAGCGAAUGGAUAAUUUCUCCUAAAUCCUUUGAUGCAUAUUAUUGCUCAGGUGCAUGCCAGUUCCCAAUGCCAAAGUCCUUGAAGCCAUCCAACCAUGCCACCAUUCAGAGCAUUGUACGCGCUGUGGGGGUGGUACCCGGCAUUCCCGAGCCUUGUUGCGUCCCAGAAAAGAUGUCGUCUCUCAGCAUUCUGUUCUUUGAUGAAAACAAGAAUGUCGUGCUUAAGGUUUAUCCCAACAUGACAGUGGAGUCCUGUGCCUGCAGAUAA